UCAGGGCCACAGACAUCUGCGUCAGAGAUAGGCCUCAAUGCCAGCCAGGGACCGCCGGGCGUGGGAAGAAGAGAGAGGGCUGGCAGGGAAGAGUGGGGGUGAAUGGGGUGGGGUGGGGAGGGCAGGAAGGAGGAUAGAACCUGCUUCGAGUGGGCACUAAGAACAGUGGACCGGGAACCGAGGGUAGCAGGAAGCUCAGGCUGGGCGAGCUUAACGCGGCCAAUGGCCAUGCUGCCUCUGCCACUCCUGGUGCUGCUUCUGCUGCUGCUGAGGGAUUUGAGGGGUGGGCACGGAUGCCAGGGCCCAGAGCCAGACAGGGAGCUGCUGCUGGCCAAAGUCAGGGCCCUGGUGCUGGAUGCUUUGGGCCCUCCCACCAGCUCCAAGGAUGGGGGAGAGGCUGGGGCCCGGCGCUUGCCCCGCAGACAUGCCCAAACUGGGGGUUCCACACGAAGAAACAUGGAAAAUGAAGAUGAGGACCUAUCACAGGUCAUCCUUUUCCCAAGCACAGGUCCUGGCUGUGAGGAUGAACCAGAGACUGGAGAGGCCGAAGGCCUAUUCACAUACACAUUCCGGCCUUCCUUGCACAUGCGAAGCCGCCAGGUGACAGCUGCCCAGCUGUGGUUCCACACUGGCCUGGACAGGGGGGCUGCCGAGGCCCACAACAACUCAGGCCCCCCUGUGACCCUGUUGGCGAUGUCUUCGGGGGGACCCGUCGCAGUGCCAGUGCUAGUGGGCUCAGCCCCACGCCACUGGGUUGUGUUUCAUCUGGCAGCCCCUGCGCUCGCCCUGCUGACCCGUCCACUCUUUGUUCUGCUGCUCCGAUGCCCAAAUUGCCCCUGCCUGGCCCGGCUCGAUGCCACCCCCUUCCUGGUGGCACACACCAGGGCCCGUCCUCACAGCGUGGGGGAGAGGGCUCGCCGGUCACCUCCUCCCCCAUCUUGGCCCUGGUCUCCAGCUGCCCUGCGCUUGCUGCAGCGCCCUUCCGAAGAGCCGGCCGCCCAUGCGGACUGCCAUCGGGCUGCCCUCAACAUCUCCUUUCAGGAACUUGGCUGGGACCAGUGGAUCGUACACCCGCCUAGCUUCGUCUUCCAUUACUGCCACGGGGGCUGCGGGCUAGUCCCCUCUCCGGUCCUGUCUCCUGGGGCUGCCCUCCCCCCUGUCCAGCCCCUGCCUCUGGCCCCAGGCUCCCCGCCUUGCUGCGCUGCUCUCCCCGGCACCAUGAGACCCCUGCGGGUCCGAACCACCUCCGACGGAGGCUAUUCCUUCAAGUAUGAGACGGUGCCCAACCUGCUCACUCAGCACUGCGCCUGCAUCUAGGGAGACCCCCCCCAAGUCAGGGCCAAAAUAGAGUCAAAGGAGAGAUUCCCUGACAUCCCCUGUAUGCCCCCCAUGCCCAUCUGCUAGUGCCCGUCCUCCUCUCCGCUGCAAACAGAUUAAUAAACAGUUCAGCAAAACUGCCUGGAGACAAGGCUGGAGAAUGACCCCUCCCAUUCCCAGAGCCAUGUGGGGGAGAACUGGACCACGUGCUGCUCUCUCUCGAACCUGUACAUUCCGGAAGCGGGUGCUCGGGGUGGGGCAGAGAGGAGACACCCAAGGCUUUGAGGAUGGCCCGCAAGGGAGCUCCACGGACAACAGACAGCAUCCGUCUUUUAAAAGGCAACUUAAACGUGCCUCCCUUUCUAAGCCCUUCAUGUGGUCCGCUGAGGGGCGCUGUGGGGUGCUGGAGGGGACAAGCCUUCCUGAUCACGUAUAUGGGGCUCUUCGGAGCACCUUCCCACUCAGGACCUCCCUGCCUCCGAAUGCUUCCAUUCUGGAGAUCUUCAGCCGCCCUGGGCAGAGGUUAGCUGGUCGCCGAAGGGCACGGCUUUCCCUGGGUUUGUCUAGGUCCCACAUUGCUCCUGCCUGGCUCUGGACCCAGGUUCUCCCCCAACUAAAUAGUGAACAGAAGCUUUGGGGGGCAUUCUAGACAGGGGGCUGAGGUUCUGGGGACAUGACAGAAACUAGAAGCUAAGGCAGCCCCUGGGAAGUCCAUGGACACUGCCUCCCAAAGGCCCCAAGGCCUUAGUCCUUACCACACUGACACAUAAUAAAGGCGGCCAGCCAGCCUCAACUUGGGGUGUGGACCCCCCAAUUAUGUUUCAGUCUCUGAAGUGAAGUCUACAAGACUGAUGGGACAGAAGACGGGAAGGGAAGGAGUAAGCAUUUAUUGAGCACCUACAAUGUGCCAAGUACUUUACAAGUAUGUCUCACAGCAACCCUGUGAGGUGGGUGCUAUUAUUCCCAUUUUCCAGUUGAGGAAACUGAGGCAGACCUCCUCAGGUUAGAUGUCUUGCCCAGGGUGACACAGCUAGCAAAUAUCUGAGGUGGGAUUUCAGUGAAAUCUUCCUGACUCCAACUUAGUACUCUAAACAUUGUGCCACCUACAACAGCUUGGGCACCAUUGAGUCACUCUUGCCAUCCUGACUCCAAGGGGUUAUAAAGAAGGAGAGGGCCAAUACUGGGGCCACUCUCUGUGCUUUUACUAUUUUUUUAAAAAACAGACCCAUAUUUUCCUAAAGUUUCUGCUCUAACAGUCCCAGUAGCUACCAGGCCCUUUCCAGGGUGCCAGCAUUUCCUGAAGCUUUCCUGGUCUUGAAGCGAUAAAACCCUUCUCUCCUGAUGUUGAAGACCUCUGAAUUCAGUUCUUUGUCCAAUAAAUAAUGAAGGGAAAAAGCAAAAAUAAUCAGGUCAAGUACAAAGUGCAUGCACAUGGCUGAAAUCAGAAAGGCAGAAGCUGAAAUUUCUUUCAGCUCAGUCUAACCUUUCUCUCUUGAUCCAUAGGAUUUAGAGAGGGAGGGGACAAGAAAGAUCCUUUCCUCUAAAAGCCCCCUCAGAGGCUCCCCUUCUCUCCUCCCCACCUCCCUCUACCCCCUCGUAUCAGGGGUUAAAACUUCCUAGUCGCUCUUUGGAGGGUUACCAUACACAUCCUCAAAGGCUUUAGGAGAAAAUCAGGCCCACCUCUGGGAAGGAGAAAUACAACCAAAAGAAAAGCAGCCAUUUGUUUCCAUGUCCCACCAAAUCUCUGGGAUUCCGGAGCAGCAGGUUCCAACUGUUCCCUUUCCAACUUUAAAGCCUGAACAAUUAGGUGACCUCACUCUUCCUCUGAAUGGUAGCCUGUGUUGGGUGGAAGAUCACCAUGGUCAAAGGCCUCAUUUCCGGGUUAUGAGAUUGACAGCGGAGAGGGGAAGCUGCUUGCCCAAUUAGUGUCGCUUGCCUGUCUACCAUCUUUAAUGUUCAUGAACAUGAAAGCCUUCCAAAGGCAGCCUUCCUUUAGAACAGUCUUCCCCUUCAGUUAGCCCUGAGUGUAAGGGGGAGUUAAGAUAGAAAACAGAUGACACAAACACCUGGAUGGCAAAAGCAAUUCAUCAGCCCAUGCCCUAGAGAGAAAGACCUGGGGGAGUCUUGAAGUCCAGACACAAGAGAAUGGCUCAUUAAUUACUCUAAUGACCCAAUUACUCUGUGUUGGUCACUUUGCCAGCCAGAACAAGUGCUGCCCUGCUCAGAGCCUCCCUCCUGUGGUUGAUCACCUUUCCUUCCCAUAGUCCUUCACCCCUUUUCACCUUCUGCUACCUGGACCAUUGCUGCUGCCACCCUGUCACAGUCAUCAGACAAAGGCGACUCACUCAGGGAUUGGGGGGCCACACAGUCGAUGGCAGUGAUUUAUACUCACACCCACGGGGCCUUCCCACAUGGUGGCAUUGGGAAUGAUUCCUGGGACAUUCAGAAUUGCACCCUGUGGAAUUUACAGAAAUCAACAGGAAGCCACCAAGCAGAAGGCAACCUCAGGAUUGGGGAUAUGGCCAAAAAAAUGACCUCUGAAAUGGAUGUUAAUAAGGACAGACAUAAAAAUAAUCCCUUCGGCACCCUUUCUGAUUUAGCUGCUCUUCAACCAUUUCUCCAAGCUCAUGUCCGAACGUUCCCUCUCUUCAUCUUGGCUUCCCUUGCUUCCUUCAAGACUCAUCUCAAAUCCCCCAAGUGGAGGAAGCUUCCCCCAGUCCACUAGGCUGCGAGGGCUUUCUUCUUCCAGAUCACCCUUAAUCGACUUUGUCUGUAGCUUGUCUAUAUCUCUUUUAAAUGUGGUAUUGAGUUCCUUGAGGCCAAAGACUGUGUUUUUGCCUUUCUUUGAAUCCCCAGAACUUCACACCAUGCCUGGCACACAGUCAGAGUUUAAUUAAAUAAAUGCUUAUUGACUGACUGACCCUGACAGAAA